AUGGACGACCCCCGCUGGCUUCCCCUCGAAUCCAAUCCCGAAUCCUUCAACAAAUGGUCCGCCUCUUUGGGCCUCGACACCUCCCCUCCGAACGGUUACCACUUCACCGACAUCUGGGGACUCGACCCAGAGCUCCUCCAAUUCGUCAAACAGCCCGUCAAGGCUGUUCUGAUGCUGUUCCCCGUCACCCCCGAGUACGAGAAGAUGCGCAAGGAGCAGGACGAAAAGGUGCUUGAAGAGGGUGUCGAGGGUGUGGAGGACGUCAUCUACUUCAAGCAAACCAUCGCGAACGCAUGCGGGACCUUCGCGCUGCUGCACACUCUCGCAAACGUCGAUGUGCCCAUCAAGGAAGGACCGCUUACGGAGCUCUUCGCUCAGUGCAAGGACAAGACCCCGCUUGAGCGCGCCCAGCUGUUGACCACGGCGAAAGAGCUGGAGUCGGUGCACGAGGAAGCGGCGCAGACGGGUCAGACGGCGGCGCCGGCCCUUGAAGACGACACCGACCUGCACUUCGUCACCUUUGUCGAGCACAAGGGUUUCCUCAUCGAGCUCGACGGACGACGGAACAGUCCUAUCAACCACGGCAAGAUCGAGAAGGGUCUGCUGGAUGACACGGUCGAGGUCGUCAAGCGCAUCAUGGAGCUAACGAAGAGCAUCCAGUUCAACCUCGUCGCGCUCAGCCCGGCAACUGAGGACGACUAA